AUGGUUGAUACAAGUACUACUGAAGGUGGAAAAGUGUCAUCCCGAUUUUAUAUUGUAAGACCCGAAGAAGUUAUUUCAUGGAAUGAAAGAUUGUCGAAGCUGCAUGGUUUGACCUAUGACCAGCUCUUACAAUUGAUCUCACCAAACGAAAUGGCUGUUGAAUUCGCUGCACGAUACGGCUUAAUUUCAAAUUCAAUGAAAUGCAAACGUUGUGGACAAAUGAUGCUCUUGUGGAGCAGAAAUGGACUUGACGGUUUACAGUGGCGGUGUAUGCAUGUGGUUACAAAGCAAGAACGGAGAAAUGGCAGAAAACGAAAUUAUUGUUCGUCAUUAUCCAUCCGUCAUGGAAGUAUAUUCCACGGACAUCAUUUGUCGAUAGCUGAUAUUACUGAAUUUAUGUAUUUGUGGGCUCAAAACUAUAAAUUGCAUGAAAUUCGUCUGCACACUCAUUUCAGCAGUGAAAUGUCCGUUGCUUGGGCAGAUUAUAUGCGACAAAUUGCUUCCGGUUUUGUUGAAGCGAGUCAAACACCAAUUGGUGGUCCAGGUAUUGUGGUGGAAAUUGGACGAUUGAUUCUGUAUAAAACAAGAAUUGGUGAACAACAUCCAUAUUUGAUUGGUAUGGUGGAACGAGAAACAGAAAACUGUAUAAUUAUUGCAAUUGAAAAUUAUACAACAGAACGCCUAAAAGAGAAAGUGUUGCAAUGGGUUUUGCGUGGUACAAUAUUAAUUUCCGAUGAGGGAACUUAUGUCGAUGGGCUGAAUCAGUUGGAUUAUCCUAUUUUUAUUACAGAAACUUAUAUGGAGAGGGCACAUUUCGAGGGUUAUAUCAGAGAAUUUUUAUUUCGCAGAACGUUUCGAAAUGGGGGUGAAUUUGCAGGCAUCAUUUUAUGGGCUCCGUUGUUACAUGUUCCUUAG